AUUCUGACUGUAUCCGUACAAGAAAAUAAUAAAACAGACGGAUCACAGAGAAAACAAAAAACCAGCAAAAAUAAAUACGUGAAAUGAAGAAAAAGGACAACAAAAUAAAAUUAAAAAUGAAUGCAUUUGCAUGCAGGAGAGAGGAACAAGGGGUACAUUAAAAAAAAUUAAACCGCGAUAUUACGUCAUCGAGGCCUCCCCAAUCACAGAACGAGACUUCCAGGACUCUCACGUGAUUCUCCUUCCAAUUGUUGCCGGUAAGUUAACAGAAAAACGUUUUGUUUUGUUUUUUUGACUAGUUAAAGGGAAAACCGUCUCAGACUGGCCCGCUACUGUACGGGACAGAGGGCCCAGAGAGGCACCGAGUUAAAGUUAAAGUUUCUCUGACACUUUAACGCGGUUUGAAGUCUCCAUCCCGCGGCUCUCGGGUUAGCCCAUUGCUAACGCUGCUAGCCUAACCGCCACCAACGGCCAGCCCCGUGAGGCUUUUACUUUGAAAGAGUCUAAUUUUAAAUGAAUUUUAAUUAAAAUCUGCUAAUUCAAGUCUGAGGAAAUCUGUGGGAGAGAGCUCUGAAUCAUUUAAGGGAACAGUCAACAGGCAGCGCUGAAAGCGUUUGAACACAUCAGUCUGCAGGUGUUUGUGUUUCCCUCUGAGCAGCAGAGAUGAGCAGCAGGAGCAGCAGGUGCUGUAUGAAGGGUCGUUCCAGCUGUUGGGCACGUAACGGCCCGGGGGGUCGAUUCUCCAGAGCCGCUCUACAGAAGCCUACCUGGACAAAAGACGAGGACGAGAAGCUGCAGCGGCUGGUGAACGACCUCGGAGCAAACUGCUGGUCUUCAGUUUCCCUUCAUUUCAGAGGUCAAAGGUCACCGGUGGAGUGUCAGCGGCGGUGGCAGCAGAUAAAGAAUCCAGACCUGGUCAAAGGUCCGUGGACGAAGGAGGAGGAUCACAGGGUCAGAGAGCUGGUGCAGAAGUACGGCGUGAAACGCUGGUCGCUGGUCGCCAAACACCUGCACACCCGGAAUGGGAAGCAGUGCCGCGAGCGCUGGCACAACCACCUAAACCCGACAGUGAAGAAGACCAGCUGGACGCUGGACGAGGACCGCGUCAUCUGCCAGGCGCACAGGCUGCUGGGAAACCGCUGGGCCGACAUCUCCAAGCUGCUGCCCGGCAGGACGGACAACUCCAUCAAGAACCACUGGAACUCCACCCUGAAGAGAAAAGUGGAGAAGGAGGGAUACCUGCAGGUCCUGCGCCUCCACAGCUCCUACGUCGCCUCCACCUCGGCACCGGCAUCCAAGAGCUGCGGCCUCCCCUGCAGCAUCCCUGCAAAGGCUGACAGUCUCUCUACCUCAAAGGACGAGUCCAGCUGCGCCUCCGGCAGUCAAAGCGUGUGCAUGCGCCACGGGAGCUCCGCCCACCUGUGCUCCUCCUCCCCCAGAUCUCUGAGCACGAGCAGACCGGUAGCGUCCGUGGACCUGAUGGAGGCGAGCCUGGAGACAUGGAGCCACGACUCAAAGGAAGUGACAUCAUCCCUGAAACAGCCCCCAGCACUGCUGCCCGUCUGCCCGCACAGAAACGACGGCCACCUCUCCGCCAUGGGCCUGAAGGAGAGCAGCGUUGCAGGUAUGAAAGAGCAGGAGCUGGACGGCGAGGACGACUGCUCAUCGCCCUCGUGGAGCAGAAGCAGCCAGAUGGGAGCUCUGAACUUCUCUCCCUCAGAAUUCUUCAGUCUGUGCGCUGCUGACAAGCUGAAGCUGCAGUGUCCACCUCUCACCUCCACCCCCGUCUGCGCCCUCCAACACCCCGUCCAUCAGGAGGAGGCCUGCCCACAGUGCAGCUCCAGCACGCAGACGCCCCCAGAGAUCCGAGAGAAGGUCAGAGUGUCGCUGACAUCUGCUCCUCAAACACCCACUCCUCUGAAGAUCAGUGCGAGCCCGGGCGAGGUCUCUGUGUCUUCCAGUCUGACGAUGACUCUGAUGUGGGAGGACCGGAGCGUGGAUCCUGACAGUCAGCAGUCGGGCAGCAGCUCCGAGGUUCAGGGCGAGAGUCUGCUGACCUCCAUCCUGGACGUGCAGGUUGACCCCACCUCAGCUCAGCAGCAGCAAGUCCAGGCAGAGUGUGGCUUCUCCCUCGACAGCCCCCUCUCAAAGUCAGGGUUGGACGUGUGGUGGAGCCAGGUGGGCUACCUGGACUCACCUGAGUGCCCCACCCACCCCUUUGAGCUGAGCGGUGAGCUGCAGGUGGUGCUGUUCGGGCAAACAGAGGAUCAGAUGAUUGUGACGGAGCAGGCGCGCCUCUUCAUGGAGCCGUGACCUUCAUGCUGCUGGUCAUCCUGAAACUUCAGAGCGUGCUCAGUCUCAGUCGGCCCUCCAAUCAUGAGUGUUUCAGCAUCAGCGCGGCCUCAUCAGCGUGUGAUGUUUGACUGACUGAUUGUUUGUUUGUUUGUUUGUUUGAUUGUUUGAUUGAUUGAUUGAUUGAUUGAUUGACUGAUUGAGGAGAGGAUGAUGGGCAUCUUCACGUGUAUUUUAACGGAUUUUAACCUCAUAGACAGUUUUUAGUGCUGAUUUUAUGAACUGCUCCUUUAAACGUGUAAAACUUUUGAUUUCUUGCUUGAAACAUGGCUGAAUGUUUUUAACACUUUGCUCUUUUAACCCUCACAAUAGAUUUAUUGAUUGUAUUGAUUGAUAUUGGAAUGGAUUUUAAAUGAUUUUAUUUCUUUUUUUUAAACAUCAAAUUUGUGAAGUGACACAAAAACAAAGUGACUGUACAGUUUUAAUAAAGCGAUGAAGCUGGACCGGUGUCCCGACCUUUU